ACACACACACACACACACACAAACACAUGCACGCACACACACACUGAGUGAUCCAUCAGGGCUUGGUGAGAGAGACUGAGGGUCUCAAUUUAUCAGAGGCUCCAACCAGGAUAAAUACGAAUUAAAAUAUGAGAGCUUUCCUUCUUAGCUUCCUAGCCCUCUUUUUCUGGGGGUUCACAGGAGGGUCAAUUCAGCCACAGAAGAAUGUGGGGUUUCAGAAAAAAAAGCCUUUAACUGCCACAGAGAAACCCACUGAUAAAGGGAAAACAAAACCCACUGACAAAGGCAAAGCAAUGGAACAAUCACCUCUGAAGGCCCUCGAAGGAAAAAUACCACAAUCAAGCAAAACAACAGGAGCCCGUCUGCUACAAAUUUCAUCAGGAAGGGGGAUGUGCCUGGUGAAUGGAAUGGCUAUGUAUGACGGAGCUGCCUGGGCCCCAGACCCUUGCACCAUCUGUAUCUGCGACAGAGGGACUCAGCAAUGUGAUUCAAUUGAAUGUGAAGUUGUCAGUUGCCCCAGAAAGCGGAUUCCUCCUCAAGAAUGUUGCCCAGUCUGCAGUGUUCCUGAACUUACAAACCAAAAGAAAUUUGAUCACCCAACCAAAGAAGGUGGCAAGGAUCUGAGGAAACUGAAGCAGAAGAAAGAUAUGGUAGAAAAGGACAAAAAGAGAAAUGAAGAAACUUCCAGGAGAGAGCUGGUGGAACUCCAAAAUAAAUCACAGAAGGAUAUCAGACCAAAAAAAGAGAGUAAAGAGAAUUCAAAAUCAGGGGUGGCCACAAUACCACAGGAAGUAGACAGCAAGAAAAAGGGUAUUAAAGCCCCUGGAAAGAAUGCUACCAUCAAACAAACUGAAGUGAAUGCAUUCAAACAAAGGACUGAAAACAAAAAGAAGACCAGCCAUAAGCAAGAAACAAAUGUCUCAAAACAGCAUUUGAACAGCAAGAAGCAGGACAUGGCUGCCACUAAAAAAGCAGACACCCACAAACAGAGACAAGGUGAGAAGCUAAAGAAGGAGAAUGAAAAGACCCUACAGUCUGGUGAGGACAGAAGACCACCUGAGAUUACAAGACCAUCAAAAACAACAAACAGAAAACCUAGUAUACAUGAUAGUACUUCAGAUGAAGAUGAAGAAGGAGAAAAAGAUGAUGAUGAUGAUGUUGAGGUACUCUUUGCACCACAACUGCCUGAAGAAUUAGUUCCACCUCCAGGUAUGGGGAACCAUAUAGCUUCUCUGCCAAUGAACUGCCUGCUGUCAGAGACUGCGAUAGCCUGUGGCAACGCAAAGCUGACCCAGAUCCCCACACUGUAUGACUCAGGACUGAAAACUCUCUAUCUUGCAGAGAAUGAUAUAUCUUCAAUUUCAGCUGAAGCUUUCUCUGGCCUUCCAAACCUAGAGUGGCUGGACCUUAGUAAGAACAAGCUAAAUGACUCCAGUCUGCCUUCCUAUGUGUUCCAGAAUCUGACAAAUCUGAAGCGACUGAAUCUAGAUGGGAAUCGCUUUACUGCAGUUCCACUGCUGCCGCCUUUAUUGCUGGAGCUAAAGAUGAAUGAUAACAGUCUUCAGGUACUUCAGCCGUACACUUUCAAAGGACUCUCCAAGCUACUGACUUUAGAAUUGGAAGGCAACAACUUACAUGAUGGAAAUGUUCAUCCUGUAACCUUUCAGCCCCUACAGAGCCUCAUCUACCUUCGUCUAGAUAGGAACAAGUUCAGAGCCAUCCCUUCUGGCUUGCCUCCAUCUUUGCAGGAGCUGCAUCUGGACAGCAACCAUAUUGAAGAAGUCCCAGAAGGAGUUCUCAAUAAAACUCUUAACUUGAGUGUGUUGACUCUAAGCAACAACAGGAUUCAAGAGAAUCACAUUGGUCCACGAGCCUGGAUACACCUCCCGAAGUUGGAGUCUCUUGACCUGGCCUAUAACCAGAUAGUUCAUGUACCAUCAUUUCUACCCAGGGUCCUGAAACAGCUGACUCUGCACCAUAAUCAGAUUGAGAGGAUACCAGGCUACGUCUUUGCCCACAUGAAACCAGGUCUUGAAUUCUUGCAUCUAUCCCACAACAAACUACGCAGUGAUGGCAUACAUGGUGUGUCCUUUCUAGGCCUUUACAAGUCUUUGGCAGAACUCCUGCUGGACAACAACCAUCUCCAGGCCAUCCCACGUGGUAUCCUGAAUUUGAAGUCUCUGCAGGUUUUGCGGUUGAAUGAUAACCAUAUCAGGUACGUGCCCCUGAACUCCAUCUGUGACACUCGGAAAACAGAAGACUCAACCCUUGUUUCAGUACACCUGGAGAACAAUUUCAUUGACCGCCGCUUGAUUCCACCAACAGCCUUCUCUUGUAUCAAAACCUACCACAGCAUCAUCCUUCGACCACAAAGGAAUGAAGAGUAACUCUGUCUUCUUGUCAGAAAAUGUAUUAUUCAAUGAAAUCCAUAAUAAAACAUGAGAACAGAUUUUCAAA